UAACCACAAAUGGGUUUUAUUGUAUAUCUAGACAUCAAUCAUAUCACUAUACAAGUAGUAAUGGAUUAUUUUCAUAUGACAACGAAACAUUAAAUGCUAUAUUAUGUUUAUUUUGUGUGUGUAUAUAUAUUCAUUCAGUUUGUUAGUGUAUUCUAUUGAUCAACAUUUGGAGUAAAGUACGUGCAGAGUAUGAAAUGAGGAUGUUUCUGAGACAGUUUUCACGCGAGUUCGUUUACCUGUACACUGAAAUCACUAGAGCCUGUUUGGGAUAACAAUGUUUACAUAAUUAAUGCCGAUAAAGAAGAACAAUUAACUUGCCUUUGAUCUAUAUCUUAUGUGCAUGCACGCGCGCUUAUCGUAGCAGACGAAACAUUUAAGCGUUCUAUUCACACGUACUUGUGACAGUUGUGUUUUACUUUUUCAGGAUCAAAACGGAAAACAAUAUGAGCAGGAAAAAGUGAGAAAUGUGAUGUCUUUCAUUAAAAAAUCAUGGAAUACAAUGUUGUGACCUUAGUAACGGUUACCAUGGUAAUCAUGGUAACUAUGGACAGUGUCAGGGGUCAGGUUGACGACUAUUCAGACCCAAUUAGUUGUUACUAUUGUUUUGGACCGGCGGAAAACAGCUCGUGUGCUGAUCCGGUGAAUCCUAAAGAGGACAAGGGGAAAACCCUCACUGUAAUAGACUGUGAUAAUGGUAUUUGUUUAAAGUGGACGCAUUACUAUGGUGAUGUUCUCUAUAUGCAUAGAACUUGCUCUGAUAGAUUGAACGACUUCAGAAUAAUGAUGAUUGAUGGUGUAUGCCGGUCAGAACGUGAGGGCCAUGGCUACUUGUGUAUGUGUGGAAGACACUUGUGUAAUUCAGCUGAAAGUGACCAUACGGCGAGAAAACUUUACAUAUUACUAUCAGCAAUAUUGAUGGUUGUCAGUUUAACGAGAGGAAUGCCACUUUCGUUAUAAAACUUUAGUUUUAUGUGAAAAUCAAAAUGGAAAUCCGGUUAUUAUUUGGAUAUAUUUAAAGUACCAAAAUAAAUGAUCGUAAUUUCCUAUCAUUUAAUGGAACAGACCUUAUUUAAAUGGGAUCCAUUUGUCCAAUGUUUUAUUACAUUAAUAACCAAGUUUUCUAAGUCGGAAUGUGUCUUGCCAUUUUUAUGCAAUAUUGUAUGAAUUGUUAAACGAAAUAUGACAAUUGGGAGGAUGUGAAAGAAUGUUGUUAACAAUAAUCUACGAUUUUACGCCAAAUCUUAAUACCAACAAAACCUGAAUGUGGUUAUUACCAUAUAGUACAAAAUACAAAGUUCAAUGAAUAUAUAAAGUUAUAUAAGCAGUGAAAACACCACAUGGAAGAAUAUACGUCUUGUAU